AGCCAGCAAUAUCGGAAGGGUCGGACGCUUACAAAGUUGUCAUGAAACUGACAAUAAGGAAUGUGGGUCCGUCCGACUAUGGAACUUACAAGUGCGUCGCGAAAAACUCGCUCGGCGAUACCGAUGGCUCCAUUAAACUUUACCAUAUACCAAAAUCGGCGUUGCAAAACUAUGAUUCAGAUUUACAUAAAGGUAAAAACAGAAAGCAGUAUGGUCAUGGUCCUAAUGAUAUUCGUGACGAUGGAGGUGAAAACGUUGCAGGUCAGAGAGAUCUGAAAUUGCGUGGUCGUGGUGGUUCUGAUGGAAGUAUUUCUCCAGCGACUAAAUCUGAAUCGAGCAAAUGUCUCAUCAGUGUUGUCGUGAUGUCACUUUUGAUUUCGUCACAUUGUUCGAGACGAGUUUGACCAUCGUGAAA